GAGUUUUAAAGCAAACAAUGAAAAAUAAUCAAUAAUGAAUAAUCUAAACCAAUACUUUUGCUUCUUACCGUUUUAUCUUAUCAGCCACAAACAUUGUGACUUUUCUCAUCAUUUAGAAAUCAUCCCAGACUACGAGCCCAACAUCCCUGAGCCCACAUGCAGAGCUGAUCUCCUGAAACACUGGUACAAGCUUUCUCUGGAUGACAAGACAGCCAAUAAGAUGCUGUGGAUCACAGAGGGUGGAGCCAAGGUGGCACGCAUGACUGAUGAUGUCACUUGUCCCGUCCUGGACAGACCAGAGAGAUACGAGCAUAUCCCCCAGGUUCUCUGCAAAGAAGGCAUCCUUGGCUUCCGAGCUUACUGGGAGAUAAAAUACUCAGGUUGGGUGGUGGCCGGAGUGGCCUAUGAAGGGGCGGGGAGGAGGGGGAGCGACGGACAGUGUGGGCUGGGGGAGAACGAGCACUCCUGGGGUCUUGGGUGGGGCGGAUCCCACUACCAGCUGUGGUUCAACGGCAUUAGCACAGAAAUCUGGGAUAUUCCCCAGUACAGCACCAUUGGGGUUUACCUCGACCAUCCAGCCGGUGUCAUCAAUUUCUACGCGGUCGAAGAAGUGGAGGAGGGAGAGACGAGCAGGAAGGAGAUCACGCUGCUGCAGCAGAUCAAGAGCUCGUUCAAGGGCAGGAUGCUGCCAGGGUUCUGGGUGGGACAAAAAUCAUCAUGCGUCUUAGUAAAACCAGAGGAGUAA